CGAUGUCGUUUUCAGGGUGAGUAGCUCAAUGGAGAAUAAUUGCAGCGCCAGCUCAGCCACCAAAUCACAGCCAAUCCGAACAUCUCUUUAACCAUACAAUUCGCAGAAACGGAUAAGCCCGGCAAAAACAGCGAGCAACCAUGGUCGCCGCCUCCACCGCCGUCCUCCUCUCUCCACCGCCCUCCGUCGCCCUCAAACCCAUCCUCCCCACCCUAAACCACACCUCCUUCCCUUCUAAGCCCACUCCUUCCUCUCGCCCCCCAACCACCACAAAGCUCUUCGCCUCCUCCUCCUCCUCCUCCUCCUCGUCGCGGACUGUCUCCCCCAAAUCCCCCACCACCUCAUCCGGCGGCGAGGCCAGGGAGAAGGAAAAAGUAUUCUUCGACGGAGGUGCCCACUACGGGGACCUCGUCGCCAACCUCCUCCUAGGGUUCACCCUCCUCUGGCUCCCCCUCACCCUGGCCGCCGUCUCCCGCGCCUUCUUCCUCCGCUACCGCUUCACCGACCGCCGAGUCACCGUCAUCUCCGGUUUCACCGGACAGGACCGCAGCGACUUCCCCUACUCGUCCAUCCAGGACGUCCAGAUCGUGCCCAGAUUCAUCGGCGAGUGGGGGGAUCUGGUGAUCACCCUCAAGGACGGCACCAAGGUGGAUCUCCGGAGCGUGCCCAAGUUCCGGGAGAUCUCCAAGUACUGCCUCUCCAUGGCCGAUGGCUCAACGACGUCGGAGGCGAAGGGCGGUGCGCCGCCGAGAGGAUUUUGAGCAAAAGGGCACAGCCCUCGGCGUCGAUUAGGGUUUCGCUCCUCUCGAAGUCGAGAUCAGUGGUGACUUCUUGGUGUGUCCACAACCGAAUUCUUUUGGUAGGUUGAAUGUGAAUCAGAUAAGCUCCUCUCAGGUCACCUUCUGUCGAGCGGCAGUUGUCGUGCCGGGCAAUGCAAGUUCUGCGGUGCACUUGGUGAGCAAAUGUCUGUUCUCGUGAAGGUGUUCGAUGACGGCAAAAUGGCAAGGGAAACAAAAA